CGUCACCGGGGGCACGUGGGUUUGUUAUUACAGGAAGUGAAGAUGGCGGCUCAGUCGUUUCUCUCCGAGUCUCUGCUCGGGUGGUCUAUUUUCACCUUUAUACUUUUGGUAAUCCUGGCUUUCUGUUGGGUCUACAUUCGGAAGUUUCAAAGUCGUCAGGAGAGUGAAGUUGUUUCGACUAUCACAGCAAUAUGUGCACUGGCCAUUGCUUUGAUAACUUCGGCCCUUCUACCAGUGGAUAUAUUCCUUGUUUCAUUCAUGAAGUAUCCCAAUGGUACCUAUAAGGAAUGGGCAGCAAACAAUGAGACGCGGGGGCAAAUUGAAGACACUGUGCUGUAUGGAUAUUACACGCUUUACUCCUUCAUUCUAUUCUGCGUCUUCCUAUGGAUUCCCUUUGUUUAUUUCUACUAUGAAGAAAGGGAUGACGACAACGUAAACAAAUGCUCGCAAGUGAAAAACGCUCUGAAGUACACAAUUGGAUUUGCCAUUGUCUGCGUGGUGCUCCUUUUAAUUGGAGCGUUCGUUCCACUUGAGGCCCCACCUGGUCAGAAUUCAACUCAAUGGGAGAAAGUACAAUACCUCUUUGAGGAGCUUGGGAGUAGUCAUGGCCUACCUGCUCUGUCUUUCUCCAUCAGCUCCUUGACCUUGAUUGGCAUGUUGGCAGUGAUCACUUACACGGCAUACGGUAUGUCUGUACUGCCUUUGAAUCUGAUAAAAGGCACCCGGAGUGUGGUGUAUGAACGCCUGGAGAACACAGAGGACAUUGAUGAUGUCGAGCAUCAGAUAGAAAAGCUGAAAUCCAAGUGUAAUGAUGGACGUCCCCUUUCAUCAAGGGACAGACACAACCUGCAGGAGCUUGAGGGCAAACUGCAGGUUCUCCGGCGCAAGGGGAGACACCUGGAAAUUGCAGAGAGGAACUGCUGCACUAAAGUGGGCAGUGCUCUCAGACCUCUCAAGAUACUGUUGGGUAUUUUCUUUAUCCUGGUUGCACUGCUGUUCACUGUUGCCCUGUUCAUUUCAAAUUUGGAUAAAGCUCUCCACUCUGCUGGCAUCAGCUCCGGGUUCAUAAUCUUUGGCACCAACCUAACCAAUCCUCUGAAUGAACUUCUAUUAGCCUUACAACCCGUUUUUCCAUUGGAUUACAUCCUGAUCACAGUCAUCACCAUGUACUUCGUAGUCACAUCCAUGGCUGGCAUCCGCAACAUGGGCAUCUGGUUCUUCUGGAUUAGGCUGUACAAAAUAAGACCGAAGAAAACUCGCCCCCAGGCUCUUCUCUUCCUCUGUAUGAUUCUCCUCUUGAUUGUCCUACACACCAGCUACAUGAUCUACAGCCUAGCCCCACAAUAUGUCAUGUAUGGCAGCCAGAAGUAUCUUGUGCAGAGUCAGAUGCCCUCAGCAGGUCCUACAUCUGGGAAUGCUACUUUGGGCACCACGAGGAUCUGUGAUGCCGAGGCGCCUGAGGACCAGUGCACUGUGACAAGAUCCUAUCUUUUCCUCCACAAGUUCUGGUUCUUCAGCACCAUCUACUACUUUGGUAACUGGGCCUUUAUUGGGGCUUUCCUCAUUGGUCUGGUGGUGUCCUGCUGCAGAGGGAAGAAGUCUGUGAUUGAAGGAGAGGUGGAGGCCGAUGACUCAGACUUAAGCGAUGAUGAAUAUGUGCACUGAAAAUCAGUAUUCAUUCAGGCGGGUUUGUAGAUAAUCCAACCAUAACUUAAAGGGACUAGAAAGUACAAUUUCAUAAAUAAAUAAAUGGAUGUCAGUAAUUUGUCAUAAUUUAAUUUAUUGGUUUUGAGGAGUUAUUGCAGUGGUGUCUUGUGGUUUCCAGCCUUGUUUUGAGUUGACACAUCCCUCCACUUAAUGAGACCGCUCAGACUGAUUGUUGUGUCUUUCUCAGUCAAUAUUAUUGAUGACUUUGGGAUUCUGGGAGCGUCCUCCAACUCAAUCCUACCUUGAGAAUUCACUCAUCAACAGUUUGAAACUGACACAAAUUGGUCAUUUUUCUACUGGAGGAGACACACUUAUUGCGGCAGCAGAGACAGAGUCAUAUGCUGCUCCAAAACUUUAUGUCUAUUAUUUGGAGGCAGAGCUUGGACAUAAACUUACUGUUUUUAAAUUAAGCACUUUCUAGACCCUUUGAAUGGUUCCUGUGACGGUACCCAUAGUUGGCUUUAAUAUAUAUUUUAAGAUAAGGAUACAGUGGAGCCUACAAAAACUGCUUGCUUGUUUUCUGAAAAAGCUAAUUGGUAUAAAAAUAAUGAUUCCUAAGUGUUGACAGCAGUCACGUUUUCAAAGUUUAUUUAGCUUGUUUUUGUCUGAGGUUAAAUAUAGUGCUAGGGGGGUUUGCUGCUUUUUCCCUCUACAUUUGCAGUCUCAGACAAUUAUUUAAAGAAACGUUACUGUACUUUCAUACCUGCACUGUGUGAAAUGUAAAGGAUCAAUUGCGGCUGACAUGUUUUCGAGGUUUCAGUUAUUUCGGGUUUUUAAUUAAAUGGGUUCAACAGCCUUUUGCUCUCUGUGUUGGAAGAAUAUGAGAAAAAAAAAAGUUAAUCAAAGAUAUGGAUGUAAUUUUAUUUUAAUUAAGGAGUACUUCUCGUUUUUUUUGCCAGUGCUCUCAAGUUUAUCAACAGCAGGCAUGUUACAUAGAACUAUUAAUUGCUUUUUUCAGUAGUUUGAUUUAUUUUCGGUGUAUUUAGAAGUGUCAAAAUGAGUAGCAACUGUUGAUUUAUUAACAGACUGACAGAAAAUGUGAAUAUAAAUGACUUUUUUUAUUUGGAAACCAAAUAUUUGUGCCUUGUGAUUGUAUUGUAGCAUGAUGGGCACACACUACUGUAUAUGCUACCCUAAAUUAGCCUCACAGAAAUCAGCCUGUGUUUUUGUUUUGAGAUAUUAGUCUUCAUUGAGAAUCAGUGAAGGCCAGCAGCUGGAAAUGUGGUUAGGUGAUGGAGAGAAGUCUCAUGUAGUCUCCCGUGACAAUAAAAUGCUGAAAAUAAUGCUGUUGUGGAAGUUGUGUUAAUAUUUAAUGAUACCUGUAUUUAAUGGAAUAAAACCAUUUUAAACACA